AUGUCAUCAAAGAAGGACCAUAUCGCGGAAUUCGGUUUAUUGAUGCACAGUAUUUCUUAUAUUAAAGUGACUUAUAUGAGAAAAAGAAAGUUAGUCGAAAUGAACGAUGAAGUUGACAAGCAGCUGCCAUAUGAUAUUUAUGAGACCGAGAGAAAGUUUACUAUUGUUAUAGAUACCCGAGUGUUAAAAACAAACGUGAGCUUUCAAUCUCCACCUGGAAGGAUCGUACGAUCUAUAUCAAUGGAAUUUUCUCUCGUAAUACAAUUCUUGGAAAAACUUGAGAGUAAAAUUCCAGUGCAACAUUAA